UCUUGUUGAGCAAAACCCAGUGGGCGCUAAAAACCCUUGUUACAUGCUAAUCCCUAUUAUUAAGAUUAUUUCUAAAUUGACAAGAUCAGUCAGUCUGCUUCGCACCUACUCUAGAACCCCUCGUCUUUCUACCGCUUAACCAGCCUAGCCAUUGAAGCUCUGAGUCAGUCAAGUCAACUAAGACCAUGGUUGAGCGGAAGCUCUUCAAGACGAAACUCUGCGUGUUGUAUCAGAAAGGUCGGUGUUCUCGUCAGAAUUGCUCCUUCGCUCAUGGGAACGUGGAGCUUCGGCGUUUAUCUAGCCCUAUUCAUGGAAGGAGGGGAUAUGGAGAUAGUGACUUGAGGGAUAAGCUAGAUAGAAGGCAUUCUCCACGGCAAACAUAUUCACCAGAUAGAGAUGCAAGAGAUCCAUCCAGGUCUCUUGAUAAAGAAAGUGACAGAAAACAUAAGAAAAGACAGCGGUUAGAUGGUCAGAGUGAUGUCUCUGGAAGUUUGAGAAUAUCAGAUGGUGCAGAUGAUCAGGGUAAAGAAGGAAAGUUUACAAAUGACUCAAGAAGUGUUCUUAUGGAGGAGUUAAAGCAAGUGCAGGAAGAAAUCAACAGGCUUGAUCACCAAAAAUUUCAACUAGGGGUUACACUAGAAGAGAGGGUUCAAGAAGUGGACAGUCUUACGUCUAAAAUUCAAGAGCUUGAGGCUCAGUUAUACAAAGAAAAAGAAGAAAAUAGAAGGAUCUUGUCAAAAAUCAACAAGUUUGUUAAAGCACAUGAUCAUUGUUUACAGAUACAAGAUCGACUGAAGAGAUCAGAAACUCGGCUUCAUAAGUUGGCAGAUGAUCUUGGCUCUGAUAUCAACAAAAUUGGUGCCAAUGAAGAGGAUUCAAGCAUUAAUAUUGUGAGUGAUGGAGAGGCUGCUGGUUUCCUUGUCAACCCACAAAGUGAGCAACAGAACAAUGUUUUUCCAACCAACAAAAGGCUGGAUGGUGGCCGGGGUCCCACAGAACAAUAUGCUGAUUUAGAAAAGCUGCAUAUGGAUGUGCCAGCCAGAGUGAAGAGAGCUUCCCGGUGGAAUAUUCCUGCUCAAUCAAAUUAUGACAAAGAGAGUCAGGCAGUGGCAACUGGGAAUGGCAGACCAAGUCCCCUUUCAAAACAAGGAAAACUUGAGAAAAAAUAUAUUGUCAAUCUUGGCUCUGCAGACAAGCAGCAGAAGACAUUGGAAUCAGGAUUUUCGCUGCCAUCAACCAGCAUGGCUGCACAUGCAGUCGAUGAAGAUGUUGACAUUGAAUUGGAGGAUAAUGUUGAGGCAGUUGGGACUGCUUCUACAAGGGAUGGGGAUACAUAUGAGAUCAAUGGCUUUCCCCUUACACUCCCCCCGCCUCCUCUGAUCCUAAAAAACAAUUACUCGCAGUAUGAGGGUGACGAUGAGAAUAUAGAUGUGGAUGGCGCCGAGGAGAUGGAAUAGGUAGAUAAUGUUUGACGCUAGAUUUUGAGAUGAUAACGCCUCAGUUAAUGGGAUCUGUGGUAAUUUUAUAAUUUAAAGAUUUUAGAAAGGGAAAGGCUCUUUGCCGAGCAAUGUACAGGAAUUAUGGGUUUUAGAACUGCAAGUUGACGAGUCUUUUUUUGAGACGAGCUUCAGUGUAGUCUGGAUUGGUGUUUGCGUUCAUAUUUUCAAUCUUACCACAUGUUUGUUUAUUAUAUUUUAUUCAUUUUGUAAA